CCCGAGACGCGCAACGCGUUCUCCUAAUGCUAUCUGAAUCUAAAUAGAUGCCUCCGCCGGUGACCCCUUCUCCCUUCCGCCUAUCCCGCGGCCAUCCACCGACGCGCCGAAGUGCCGGACCACAAUUCGCCAAUUCGCCUCGGUUCCUCUUAUCGCAAGCAACACCGCAGAAGGGAAAAAGUGAUUCUGAGAUUGUCGACGAUGACGCCCCACCAUCGACUGCGCCCGUCACGCGCACCACGGCUCAACUAAGACAGGCGGGCCCUCAACCGCGCCGGCAGCGGGAUGUGAUCGAAGACUCGGACGAAGACGAGUGGUUGGGCAAUGCAGACAGCCGUGACAACGGGGUCAAUGAGUUGGCCGAUGACUCUAUCGCUAGCUCUCCAUCUGUUGACCCAGGAACACCAGGGCCACUGGACGCUGAGUUUGACGCGCUUUUCGCGCCAACAAGAGAUGGAAACAAACGACAGCGGCUCUCUGCAGGAUGGACUCAAGGACCGGACCAAACCUUGGCAAAUACCCUGGAGCAAAGAUAUUCGUCUGUUCCCGAGCUGAGAGGUUCGACAGUCGAUCCUCUCGAGACACCCGCUGCUCGGCCUUUACAGCGUCCAACGGCACAGGACCUGAGCACCCUAGCAACCCCAACCACGUCCAUUAAGCCAUGGGUGCCACCAAUCGCAACUCCUGGGAGCACACAAACGCCAUUUCGCAGUCGCCCACGAUUUGUACUAUCGACCCACAAGCCGCGCAGCAGUCAGCCUGCGUUCCGAGCAGAGACACCAUCCGCAACCCAGCAAACCUCCCCGCAAGAGCGCCGCAGGCCUGCUUUUGUGCUUCCUCGCUCACCAUCGCCUGAUGCUACUUUAGAUGAUAUACCAGCACCAUUCUCACCCUCCUCAAGGACGCUCCACCGGCGUGGCAAGAAUCGCUCCGGGGUGGGUUAUGCGCCCGGCGGUAUGGCCGCCGAGGUACGCAGUUGGAUUCUUGAGAUGGGAUCUAAGCAUGAGCCUUUGAGUGCCAUAACCCAGACAGUUGCAACGGCGGGGCAUAGUUCAACUGAUUUUGGGCGAUAUCUUGUGGCUGCUCGCGUGCUCCAGGUAAGAUCGGCCGUGCUGAGUAGCUCUGGGGCGCUCUCGUUUGUUCGAGCUGAGAAGGUAGCCAUUACGGGGACUGAAGAUGAUGAGAAGAAAAUUCUUAAUAUAUUGAUCAUGGGCCCGUCGCGAUCCAAGCCUCCUUCGCAUGGACCACCAUCAGAGACCCGGGGGCCGGGAUCGGGCUAUAUCCACGAAAGGGAGUUAUUGGGAAUCCACCGCGGCCUAGCUUGGAAUGUCACAUUUGAAGAGCACCAGGCCCUGGCUGCUGCCAACGAGUUUCAGACAGAGGUACCUCAAGGUGGUGAACCUAGUAAAGCACAACAAUGGUUGAUUGCUAUGGAAUGGGACCUCGUCGAGGAAGCCAUGUAA